AUGGCCCAGCCGCGGGGCCAGCUCGCGGCGGACCUUCGGUUCUUGCUGGAGGAGAAGGAGGUCCCGGAUGCCGUGCAGGACGCCAUGGCCGGGCAGGGCUACAACACGUUGAAUCGCUUCGCGUUGUUGGAUGACGACCGAGCCCGGGUGAGGGCUGUCUUGACGCGGGACUUCGGCCUCGACCCUGCUGCUGGAGGGGAAGGGGGCCCCGCGGCCCGCCUGGCCAUCGUGAAGGCGAUCGACGCCUGGGAGACGGCCUGCCGCCGUGCUGAGGAGGAUCGCAAACAGGAGGCCGAGGCGAAGAGCGCGCGGCUGCCGAAACUGAUUGGCAAGGCGACUCACCUCUCGAUGCGCAAGGCAGCACAGCAGAUCCACGGCGCGAUCGAGGACCGCGCGGCGCCGGGGGCCCCGCUGGUCGAGCAGGUGAUGGAGAUGAUCGAGGAGUCCAACAUGGGGGCGGUCCCGCUCACGCAGGUGGUCAGCAUCGAGGACGGCGACGACUCCAAGAUGGGCGCGGCCGUGGACAUGUCGGGCAUCAUCAGGCUGAGGCGUGGCAAGACAGAGAUCUCGGCGCCGACGGACCCGGAGGCGUUCCGCAAGAGGGUUCGGACUUUGGCGCUGGCCUACGUGUACGCGAGGCUGAGGCAUCCGGGUCGGCCAGCCCUCAAGAGCGCCUCGGUGGAGCUCUUCAACGAGUACCUGGAGUACAUCUUGGGCGACCACGUUCGCGGGCUCACGGCCAAGGACCUACAGGGCAACAUCGUCAGCAGGCCGAGCUGGAACCAGGUCAUGCACUACGACCACCAGAUUCGCAAGGAGCGCGCUCGGAUGAUGAACUUCGGCAAGACCUUCGAGCAGGCGUUGCGGGACGCCUGGAAUGACACCUCGCUGCGGGAUCGCCUCUUCAUCACGCAGGUCGCGGCAUCCGCGGCCACAGGCAGGGCGGCUGAGGACAGUCACCGCUCUCGCAGCCCCCGCCUCGCCCUGAUGGACGGCCCCUCGGGCCGUGGCUCAGGCGGCACCCCGCGCCGCGGCGGGGGCCGCGGCGGCGGCAGGGGCAGGUCGAGGGGCCAGGGCAGAGGCAAGGGCGGCGGCAAGAAUCGUCUCGGCGGCGAGAUCUUGCUGAGGAAGACCCCCGACGGCCGCAACAUCUGCUUCGCGUGCAACAACGAGCGGGAGAACUGCCGGGGCGAUUGCGGCGCGGUCCACGUGUGCCGGAUCUGCCUGGGCAACCACCCGGUCUACCAGCACCGCCCUGGCGGCCGGGGUGGACAUGGCGCGCAGCCCGCCCUGGCUGAUGCGCCCGCUGCGGGCGGCGGUGGGCUUGGCGCGCCAGCGCUCCGGCAGACGCGCCAGCGGGCCCUGGCGCUGCACCUCAUGAAGAUCGUUCUGUUCAAGCGCGGCACCUUCGGGCGAGGGGCGGCGCUGCGGACACGGGGCGCUGCGGGUCAUGGCGACGACGCCGACUUCGGCAGCGGCGGCGCGGGGCCUGGCAGCCGCGAGCCCGCGCGGAAGCACCUGCGCGUCCUCUACCUCUUCUCGGGCCUCUCCCGGCGGGCCAGCGCCAAGGAGUGCCUGGAGGAGAAGGUCGCAGCGACCCCGCUGGAGUUGGAGGUCGUCGAGGACGUCCGCGAGGGGGCGCACGGCGUGGCGAUUGCCACGCCUCCAUGCAGCACCUUCUCGAGGUCGCUGUUCGCGAACUGGCAGGGCCCGCCGCCGCUGCGGAACGCCACGUGGCCGCUCGGUUUCCCAUGGCUGCAGGGCCCGUCGAAGGAGAAGGUGCAGGACACCAACGUCCUCGGCUUGCUCGCGGCGCAGAUCCUGGAGGCCGUCAUCCAUGCCAGGUCGGUCGGGCACCGCGCGCGCGGCCUCAUGGAGUUCCCGGAGGACCUGGGCGCGCGCAGGGCCAUUGGUCGGGUCCGCACGAUUGCGGGGGGGAGGCCAGCCAGCCUGUGGCAGCUCCCCCAGUUCCGCCGCAUCACGCGGCCGGACUCAGGCUUUGUGACGUUCGCGUUCCACCAGCUCGAGUUCGGCGUGCUGUACCCAAAGCCCACGAGGUUCCUCACGGACCUCGGCGCGCUGGCGGCUGGACGCGCGCUGGGCUGGCCAGAUCUGGAUGGCGAGGGCUGGUACCGCGGCCCGCUGAGCCCGCCCCCCAGCGGCUCGCGCCAGCUGGCGACGCCCGACGGGCGGCGCAAGCGGGAGCUGGCGGACACGGCCGCGCACCCAGUGGCCAUGAACAGGUGGAUCGCGACCGCCAUCAUCGAGGACUUCCUGACCCCCUUCGACCCCCUGCGGGAUGGGGUGAUGGUCGGCGGGGGCCCUCCACCCUCUCGGGCCACCAUCAGCCAGGUGGGCCAGCUGCUCCCUGGGGACGUCUACAUCGGCAGGGGCAGCUCGAGGGAGGGCCUCGAGAAGUCGCCCUGGCACACCUGGAGGAUCUUGAGCUGCGCCUGGCGCAGCUCAACUGCCUCUUUCAAGCUCAAGCUCACUUUUGGCUGCUGGAGCCUCAGAUCGGCUUCCACAAGUCCACGAUGCAAACUCAUCCAGGUUUUGCAUCAUGAAACCACCUAA